AUGGCAUGGGUAUUGCGACUCAACGAAGUCGCUGAACGCAACUUGAUUGAUGGUUUCUUCCGCGAGACCGAACGGGCAUCCGCAGCUCGACUUCAGGAGAUACGCGCUGCCACUUGCCUGAAAUCAUUCUGGCGAGGAUAUCGGUGUCGUUCGUUGCUUCGGUUCCUGCACGAGUCGUGUACAAAGAUCCAAGCCCUGUAUCACGGGAUUCGGUCCCGCGACCUUUGUGCCAACCUCCGGGCGGAUCGUGCUCAGCAAAUGAGGGAGCAUUUGUAUGAUCACGCGGCAACAUUGAUUCAGAAGAUAGUUCGUGGGCGGCAAUCGCGACGGAACCGAGUCGAUUUCUACGCUCGCCGAAGAUAUAUAGAUAGCGUUUUCAUUAAGAGUAAUGCUCUGCGCGCGACGAUGGAAAUAGACUUUGAAGCGCACAAGGCUAAAGCACGAGAGCGUGAAGAGAAAGAGUCUGCUGAGGAGUUCAUGGCCGCCAUUUUUAACGCCCAUCAUCUUUUGAGUACAGCGACACAACCGGGUAUCUUUAGGUCGCCGUACGGCGAGCUGUAUUCCGCCAAAGCAUUCGAUAUCCCAGUUGAGGAGCACAUUGCUGGUGCAUUCAAGUCGCAGCGUUCGAAGAUGAUGGCGGACGAGAGAAAAUCGAAACAACGAAUGAAAAAGAGCGUUGACAGCCAUGGGGAGAAGAUCAGCGUGCCGCGGCCAUUCGGCAAACUGAAUGGAGGAGCUCGAGAGGUCCAGGUCCCGCCCCUGCUGAGGCCUGUUGGAAAUGUGGCGAAUCGCAUACUUGCACUCAUUAUCAUAGGGAAUCCGUUGAAAGUAAGUUGCAGUGACAUUGCUGUGAUUAAUUCUUGUUCAUAUUCAAAUGCAGAUUAUUUGGCAAUGAAGGAGGAGGACAAAUAUUGCAUUGUUAAUCAUCUUGAGAAAGCAGGAAUUGGAAAUAUUUUAUCACGAGCUUUGUAUUUUCGUUCUUCAGACACGUUGAUGCUCGACGUACUCCUGAAACCGAGUGAAUUUCGAAAGAAUUCUAUUGUUGGCAGUCCAGGGUCAUCUAAAUCAACAACUUGUUGGAUUUUUGCAUGCAAAUCAUUAAAAAAGAAUCAGAAAUCGGUUGCCUGGAUGCGUCGGAAUGCUCCUGCGUUAUUCUGA